CAACUACAUCAUCCAAACUUAAUUAAUCUCAUUGAAGUGUUCAGAAGGAAAAGAAAACUGCAUCUGGUCUUCGAGUUCUGUGAGCGAACCGUCCUUAACGAACUGGAGAGUAACCCUAAAGGGUUGCCAGAUGAGAAGGUGAAGAGUAUUAUAUACCAACUGGUUCAAGCCAUCGGUUACUGCCAUAAGCACAACUGUAUACACAGGGACGUCAAGCCUGAGAACAUCCUCAUUACCAAGAGCGGAGUGGUUAAACUCUGUGACUUUGGCUUCGCCAGGAUGUUAAAUCCGGGAGACAACCUGACUGACUACGUCGCCACCAGGUGGUACCGCGCCCCGGAGCUCCUGGUGGGGGACACCCAGUACGGGACGCCGGUCGACGUCUGGGCCAUUGGCUGUGUGUUCGCCGAACUGGCGAAGGGCGAGGCGCUCUGGCCUGGCAAGUCUGAUGUGGAUCAACUCUACCUAAUUAGAAAAUCACUAGGUGAUCUUCUUCCGGACCACAUGAGGAUAUUCAAGGAUAACGAGUUUUUCCGGGGCUUGAAUAUACCUGAACCAGACACAUUAGAAUCUAUCGAGGCCAAAAUGCAAAAGUCAUUCUCUCGAGAAGGCUUGGACCUUCUUAAGAAAUGUUUAGAUCGAGACCCAGCUAAGAGAUGGACCUGCGAUCAGCUGCUGGGACACGACUACUUCAAGGGCUUCACCUACAAACUACCAGAAGAAGAUCAGCUGGAGCACGACAGAUUAAAGAACCCGAGUGUAUCUGGAUCAAUGUUGCUUCCUCAGUUAGCCAGCACUCCUGUAGGCGCAGGAUCCGUCUCAACUUCUUCCUCGCCUGAAAUACGUCAACCAGUUCUUCGCGGCGCACGGAACUUCGAUCACCUUCCUACCAUCUGACAAAAUGGCCUCGGAGUCCAUCGCCCGCCUGUAUUACCACCAAAUAUGGUGCCCUCACCUACCCCUCCCCCAGGCCAUGCCUCGAAGGUUCCAAAUGGCACAGGUCCUCGAAGGGCUUCGAAGUCGACAGUAAGUCCUGCUGCUGGGAGUCGACAGCCACCGCCUGUUUUAGACAAGGGUGAUUUGUACUCCAUGUUGUAUCGCAAGUAUAACUCCUCUUAGCUCUACCAAUUUAAAUUUGUAUAGUCUGCACUAAGGACUAAACACCCAUUAUGUUCAGUCUAUGAGCCAAAGAUCACCAUGUGUUAGACAAAUUGCUUCUCAUGAUAACAGUAGGCAAAAUGGGGAACUAUAAACUACAAAAUAAAACACUUAGAAUUGUGUAAACACUAUUUACAAUAUUAGGAUGCCAUUAGUUAGUCACCAUUAUUUGAUGAUAAGUUACAAAUAUUUUAUUGUUAUCAUUUGUGUACAUAAACUUUGCUGUUAAAAUCUGUGAUCUGAGGGCGUGUUCGCUUCUCAUAGCUUAGGGAAGUACCUGUACCUAAACUAUCCAUUACUUCAUUCUAGUUUAUAUAUAUAUAUAUAUAUAUAUAUAUAUAUAUAUAUAUAUAUAUAUAUAUAUAUAUAUAUAUAUAUAUAUAUAUAUAUAUAAACAUCUACCUAAUAGCCAGAGCUCCAGAGCUGCCUAACAAGCUUAAUUUUCUUAAAUAUCUAACUUUAACAAACGUUCUCUUCCAAAAUUAUAGUUUUCAUUAUAAUAUACAUACAGUACUAAGAUAUUUUUUUAAUAUGAACAAAACUUACUACGAAAUCUGACCUAACCUAAAUAUGCUAAUUAUUUAUCAGUAUUACCUAACAGGUAAAACCCAGACCUAAUUAAGUUAGAAAUUCAUGUUGUCAAUGCAAUAUUUUAAUAUUAUUAAUAAUAAACAAUUUGUGAAGGAAGAAUGUUUAAAAUAUGGAAAAUCACUCUGGCUUUUGGACAAAACAGGUCUUGCCUACUACGUCUCGUAAUGCAUAUCUGGCUAUUACGUACAACAUGUAAGAAGUGAUGAUAAAAACUCCUAGAUCCAAAAAUCACAGCUGAAGUAGGCCUCUCUUUCAAACUAAAAUAUUCAAAAUUUCAAUUGUGUUUUUUGGACCUGUAAGCCAGGUUAUGACAUUGACCAGUGCGCCAUUGUGCUUUUGCUCCGAUAUAUAU